GGAGCCCCGCGCGCGUAAGGAAAUAAAAAGUAGAUAAAUCCUAAGCAGAAAUCACGAGUACGCCAAUCAGAAGGCAGCAAUCAAGGAGCGCUGAACGCUGAUUGGUUGCCUCUAGAAGCAUAAGAGAGUUAAGAUGAGGAGUUAAUAUCAAAGCUCAAAUAUUAAAAAAGGUAAGUAACGCAAAUUCUUUAUAGCUCUCUAAGAUAAAUAACGAAUUAAAAAUAAUUUAAUUUUAAAAUGAAAAAAUAACAAAUAAACAUGAUAAAAAAACAAACCAGCUUCGAAUUUUCUACUCCUUGUCGCACUCGCCACUGAGAAAAGGGGCGGAGUUGUUGAUCAGCAGCUCUGUUAUUAGCUUGCAAGCACACAAACACGCGACGCGAGACUUAUAAACAAAGUAAACAAAGUAAACAAACGACUUCAGAGAGUAUAAAAAGCAAGAUUCGCGUGAAAAACAAAGCCCUUUUUAAGAAAGUUUCUCUCUUGCACAAGCCGUAACUAAAGGAGUCAAGACGAGAGAUGCUGCGAGGCAAAGAAGGAAAAACACCCAUUCAAAAGCCGCUUUGCAGACUGUGCGAGUGUCCGACGUCGGACGGCCACGUCCUCGCGUCGCAGGUGGACAGGUUCAAGCUGAGGAAAUGGGCCAUGAAGGUCAUGAACCUGACGGAAAGAGACGAGAAUUUGCCAGACGUGGUUGAAGAAGACGCUUUGAUCUGCUAUUUUUGCAUCUGGCAGGCAGAGUGAGUUUUUUCACGAGAUUAAAAAUUUAAUUUUGAUUUUAACGCGUGUUUUAGGUUUGGGGAUGAGUCUGGUGACGAGGCUGUUGCUUGGUGGCCAAAAAAUCUUGAUUUGGAAAAAAACGCGAGGGUGCUGCGAGAGAAUUAUUCAGUUGGAGAAGUAGAACAGUGUUGGGUGCAGUUGGAAGUGGUUGAUCUGGCGAAAUACACAAAAGAAUCCACUGAGAAGAGAAAAUUCAACAUUGAUCUGGCUAAUUACGAAAAGCCUAAAAAGAGUAAAACCGUCCGGGGAGUGUGUUUUUACUGCGGCAAGAUGUACAACAGUCUGAUGAAUCACAUCAAAUAUUCGCACAAAGAAGCCAUCAAAUGCGGAAUUCUGGGCUGCGCGACAUUCUUUCACACCGAGGAGGAAAAGGAGCAGCACAUGCAGCAGGUUUCACACGAGAAACGAAACAAACCAUGCAAAAGCAAGGAAAUUCGUUGCAAAUAUUGUGAAAGUGACAAAUUAUAUUCCACAUUGAAAUCGUUGAGGCUGCACAUGAAACGCCUCCAUCCGGAAUUUUCCAUGCGGUGCUCGCGUGUUGGCUGCCAAGAGUUUUUCAAAUCCAAGUCUGAGAUGGUUGCCCAUAUUAACUCUUGGCACAAACGAGGACAAAAACAGCGUGUUCUCCAGUGCAAGCAGUGCGAGUAUUUCACCAGGCACGACGAGCACAUUUUGAGACGACACGUCGAGUCGAAGCACAUGCCAAAGACCUUCAAAUGCGACAGAUGCGACGCCAAAUUCGGCUCGAAAGCGGCAGUGGAUAAGCACUUCAUACAAUUUCACACGUUUGUAAACUGCAAAACUUGUGGCCAGGACGUGGCUCUCGGACACAAACCAUACCACGGAAAGCCAUCGGUUUGCUACAGAUGCAAACUCAGAUUCAAGUGCUCGGGUUUGUACCAAUCGCAUCGGGAGAAAUGCAAACAAACCCUCCUUACUUGCAAAGUGUGUGGAAAAUCGUUCCCCGUGGAUUCGAGGUUGAAAAAUCACGUGAAAAACGUUCACACCAAAACUAUGAUUUUUCGCUGCGAGCAUUGCGACCAUUCUACCCAUGACAAGAUCCACAUGCAGGGGCACAUGCAACGCAAACACCUUCCGAAGACGAUCAAGUGUGAAUUGUGCGACAAAUCGUUUGCCACGGAAUCUCUUGUCAAUAUUCACAAGUCGGCGGCGCACUCGUUCAUUCACUGCGCUGAGUGCGCGCAGGAAAUUCUGCGCGUUCACAAGUCUACACACAUGAGCGUCAAGAGUUGCCGCCGCUGCAAGUGCAAGUUCAAGUGCCAGGGACUUCUUGAAAUUCAUAGCAACAAGAGCUGCCAAAAUAAUAAUUACUGUUGCGACAUUUGCCAGAAAUAUUUCAAAAAUAAGGCUGAUUUGUAUACUCACAUGGUUAACAAUCACAUUCGUGUGUAUAAAUAAACUGUCCC